CAUACAUGUAGGUUCUAGCCUGAGUGAAAUGGAGACUCCACUAGAAGACAUGCCUCCUGUGUUCCAGACAGGAGUGGAACAACAAGAACAACUCAACAUGGAGGCUGCCAGCAAUGUCAUGGAUGGCCUUGGUUCUUUGAACACUUUUCAGGUCCCACAACCUCAAAUGCCACUACAGGGUAAUCUGGGACUGGGCAACAGCAAUGAUGUGGAUGGACAUCUCAGCGGUUUUCACAACCUGCAAUUUCAAAUGUCAGGACAGGGUGAUCUGGGACUAGGUAACAGUACUGCCAUGCAUGAUGGCUUUGGUUCAUUAAACAGUUUUUACAACCCACAGCUUCAUAUGUUAGGACAGGGCAAUGUGUAUCUGGGACCAGGUAAUAACCUGCCACUGGAACAACCCAUGUCUUCUACUGUGUCCUCAGACUACCCUGGUAUCACUGCUGCUCUUACUGGGAUGCCCAUGACUGAUUCUAGUCAAACACCAAUGAUGCAAAUAAUACCAAAGUUAGAACCUGUAGAUGGAGCAAGUAACUUCACUUUGGAAACAGUAAACAGUAAUGAAGCUCUAGAUGAUGAUGCCAAAGCAGCGUUAGAGCUGGCUGAAGCCCUGAGCAAGGGUAUAACCACAGGAAAGCCAUCAGGCCCGUCCAUGUUUAGUAUAGACACCAGUCAGAUCCAGGCGGUGGCUCCCCAGGACCAGGCCUCGGAGCUGCAGGGGCUGGGGGUGGAUGUGUACAACCAGGAGACGCUGGAACAUGGCAUCAUGUGUCAGGUGGACUUGGCUGUGCAGGCAGAGAUGGAACAGAAAAGAAAGGCCUCAGCUGAAAGAGAACUCAAGAAUGUCUUAGAUGACAUCAGGUCAGUGAAACAGGAGGUGACUCGGAUGGACAGGGCCAUCUCAGGUCUGCCUGCUUCCUUUGGGCUGAACAACAGGGAUGUACAGAGGAGGGUGGACAGCAUCAAGAGACAGAAGGAAAACAAGCUGAAGCAGUUGAAGAAGCUCCGAGCCAAACACAAGAAGCUGAUGAACAUCCUGGGAGGGGACACUGAUGAGCCUGAUGUGGAGGAGGAGGAGGAACCUGACCCAACAGAUAAUGUAUCAGCUCUGGAAGGCCUGAUGUCAGGUGCUAAUAAGCAGGAGACUGAGAGGGAACGUCUGAUCAGGACGGGACAGAUCACUCCUUUUGACCCCACUCCUGCCACAGCUGACGCUGCCAAGCCUCGAGGACCAAAGAAAAUUGUGACAGACGUCAUGUCAGACUUUGAGAAGUACCUUGCUAAACAAGACCAACUGUCAAAGCAAAAGAAAAAAAUAGUCAAGCAGAAGCAAGUCAAGACAAAAAGAAGAAAUGACAGUGAGGACCCAGAGACACCUACUAAGAAAAACAAGACAUCUAAGAAGAUGUCAAAUAAUGAAAAAGGCAGAAGGAGACAGUCUUUGUCAGCAUCAGAAGGCUCUGCUGAUAGUCCCACAUUAGUAAAGUCAAAAUCUGCACCUCCAAAACUGAAGAGGGAAUCACCAGAUAUGUGGAAUGACUCUUCCAACAGUUCCUCUCCCCGUAUCAGGAAAGGCAAUAGUCCCAGGCUGGGUGGAAGGAUACGGAACAGUGAUGACAGUGAUGUGUCAGGUGGUGGUUGGUCAGACAGUGAUGAUGAGUAUGUGCCUUCCAAGCAAGAGAUGAAGGACUCCUGGUUAGACGAUGUGGACAUCAGAGACUUAUCUGAUGAUGCAUCUGAGAAGAAGAAAGCAGUGAAGAGGAAGUCCAAGCACAACAUGGACUACAGCGGCCUGGCCGGCCCCCAUGACUCCAGUGGGGAGGAUGAGGAGGAAGAAAAGCAGAAGAAAUCUCAGCACAGGUGCAGGGAUGAUGGCAACCUCAGGUACUUCCACAAGAGACUCAGGCAAAAUCACAAGGAGAAGCUACGACAGAAGCAGGUGCGUCAGGAAGCUGGUGAGGACAGUGAGAGUGAGGCGUCAGAUGUGGAGAUGGACGGGGGAUUCAAACUGCCAGGGGAGACAUGGAACAAACUCUACAAGUACCAGCAGACAGGAGUGAGGUGGUUGUGGGAGCUGCACAGUCAGCAGGCAGGAGGCAUCAUGGGAGAUGAGAUGGGGCUGGGGAAGACUAUCCAAGCCAUCGUGUUUCUGUACGGCCUGCACUACGGCAAGGUCAGGAACAGGGGCAUCAUGACCAAGUAUAUAGGUCUGGGCCCGGUGAUGAUUGUUGCCCCUGUGACAGUGUUACAUCAGUGGGUUCGUGAGUUCCACACCUGGUUCCCCCGUGUGAGAGUGGCCAUACUGCACGAGUCAGGCACCUUCACCACAUCAAAGGACCGGUUGAUCCGUGAGAUUGCCCGAGACCGUGGUGUGCUGGUGACAUCCUAUCAGGAGGUGAACCUGAGACAGGACUCCCUCCUGCACUACGACUGGCACUAUGUCAUCCUGGACGAGGGACACAAGAUCAGGAACCCUGACGCUAAAGUCACACUGGCUUGUAAACAGUUCAGAACUCCUCACAGGAUCAUCCUGUCAGGGUCUCCCAUGCAGAAUAACCUGCGUGAGCUGUGGUCUCUGUGUGACUUUGUGUUCCCUGGCAAACUGGGGACACUGCCAGUGUUCAUGGAGCAGUUCUCAGUUCCCAUCACUCAGGGAGGAUAUGCUAACGCCACACCUGUACAGGUCCAGACAGCCUACAAGUGUGCCUGUGUGCUGAGGGACACCAUCAACCCUUACCUGCUCAGGAGGAUGAAGAAUGAUGUCAAGAUGAACCUCAAUCUGCCCAACAAGAGUGAACAGGUGCUUUUCUGCAGAAUAACUGAGGAACAGAAGGAGGCAUACAAGGACUACCUGGGGUCCAGGGAAUGCCAGCAGAUAUUGGAUGGCCAGUAUCAGGUGUUUGCAGGCCUGAUAACCCUGAGGAAGAUCUGUAACCAUCCCGACCUUGUGACGGGAGGCCCACGGAUCAUGGUGGGGACGGAUGAGAGCACCCUGACUAAGGACCAGCACUACGGGUACUGGAAGCGCUCGGGGAAGAUGAUUGUUGUCAACACCCUGCUGAAGAUGUGGCACAAACAGGGCCACAGGGUCCUGCUCUUCUCUCAGAGCAAACAGAUGCUGGACCUGAUGGAGGAGUUUGUUCAGGACCAGAACUACACCUACAUGAGGAUGGAUGGAACAACCACCAUCUCAUCCAGACAACCUAAAAUCACCAAGUUUAACAAGGACACCUCCAUUUUUGUAUUCCUGCUGACCACGCGAGUCGGUGGCCUUGGGGUCAACCUUACCGGAGCCAACCGCGUCAUCAUCUUUGACCCUGACUGGAACCCGAGCACGGACAUGCAGGCGCGGGAGAGGGCCUGGCGCAUCGGCCAGAACCAGGACGUCACCAUCUACCGCCUGCUCACCACCGGCACCAUCGAGGAGAAGAUUUACCACCGGCAGAUCUUCAAACAGUUCCUGACCAACCGGGUUCUCAAGGACCCCCGGCAGCGGCGGUUCUUCAAGUCCAACGACAUGUACGAGCUGUUCACCCUGACCUGCGACGACAACAAGGAAGGCACCGAGACGGGCGCCAUCUUUGCCGGCACAGGGUCAGAGGUCAAAGUUGACACAAGAAAGGUGAAGAUUGCAGAGAAAGUGGCAAAGCCUGAUGGGAAGUUGCUGCCCAGAAGGAAAGAGAAAACAGCUGAGAAAAGGUCGUCGCCAGACAGCCCCAAGGACAAGGCAACAGUCAGCAGACUCCUGGCAAAAUGGAAGCUGGGAAAUUCCACCUUGAACUCAGUAAUGAAGAAAGUGUCAGCAAAUGGUGAGGAAUCUGGCAGCAGUCCUGUCUGCAAUGGAGAUGAACCAAGUGAAAGCAACAGCAAAGAGCAGAGGAGUAAUGGUGACAACAAGACAUUAACUCAGGAAACUCAGGAAUUGAACCAAGUAACUACCUCACAGAGCAACAUUCCAGAGAAAUCUACCAUCGUUGCCAAGUUGGUAACUGGUGCAUCAACUCGUGCAUGCAAACCAUCAACAUCACAUGAGCGGGGAAAGAAACUAAAGAAAAAGAAGAGGAAGGAUGCAGCUUUGGAAGGAGAGAGGAUACAAUACCUCGCCCGUCAUUCUGCUUAUCGGUCAUCAGCUCAAGAGGAGGAGGCUUCACACAAGGCUACUGAGGACUAUGUCUUAAAGAAACUCUUCAAGAAGUCAGGAGUUCACAGUGCCCUGCAGCACGACAAGAUCAUGAUGUCCUCCAACCCAGACUACCUGCUGGUGGAGGGGGAGGCUGACCGGGUGGCCAAGGAGGCGGCCAGGACCCUGAAGCGGACAAGACAGCAGUGUCUGGGGGCCUCGUCAGGUGUGCCCACCUGGACAGGCCGACACGGUGGCUCAGGGGCGCCUCCUGGUGUCAAACAAAGACCAAGGUUUGGUAAGAAGAAAACCUCAGCUGCAGCAGGUGCCUGUGGAACUGGAAAGCCAGAGGCCAAGGCUGCAAAGUUUGUCAUCCCAAAGAAGAAGCACUUCAGCGGCCACGUGGCUGGUACAAAAUCUGCUUCAGAAGACGUCUCCUCAGAAAGCCUCCUCAAUCAGAUGCGCCUUCGGAAUCACAUGAAACUGUCGCUGGAGGCGGGCAACGACAGCGGUGACGAGGAUAACAGCCCAGAAGCACCGACAGCGCCUGUUGGGUCCGAGUAUGACGAGAUGAUUGUGGAAAUUAGAAACUAUAUCGCGUUCCAGGCAAGCCAUGAUGGACAGGCUACCACUGAUGAGCUGCUGAAUGAGUUCAAGGGGAAGCUAGGGACCAAUAAGAAUGUUGUGUUCCGUUCCAUGCUGAAUCGAAUCUGUACCUUCCACAGAGGUCCAGCUGGGGACGGUGUUUGGACACUCAAACCAGACUUCAGAUAAUACUGACUGAGAUCACUGCCAUUUAGGUUUAGAAAUGUCCCAUUUAGAAGAUUCUAUUGUCUAUUCUAAUUUUAAAAAGUCAUAUGUGCAAGGUAGAUUGAUAGUAUUUCAAAUGCCCUUUCCUAAUCAUGAAACAACACAAACAGAUCUAUGUCUGAAAAGCAGUCAACAGCAGGGGAGGUUCAAGGAAAGUAUCAACAUGCAAUAUAGCCAAGACAUUACUUCAUCUACCUGUUUUAUAUUACACUAGUUGCUGUCUCAGUCUGUCUAAGCUGGCAGAAUAGCUAUAAACUGGCAUGUAAGAUGGAAGGAGUUUCACACUAGAAGGACUGUGAUGUAGAUUUCUGUAAAAGAUUAAAAAAAAUAUUUUGUCAAACUUUUCAAAGGACCUUCUUACUGAUUAUCUUUUAACUCCUUUUUUUUUACACAGUUUCAUAAUCAUAUCAACUGUUUUCAUACUGACAUCACCAGAAAUCUCUGUAAAGUGGAUAUUAAUGUUUAUAAAAAUAAUAUUUAUGAUGCAUCAUACUUGGUUGCAAUUCAAGAACAUCUGAAAAUCCUUUGAAUGCAUUGAUGAUAUUAACAUCACUUUUGAAUAAAAAGCAUUAUUCAGUAUUGAAAGGAAUUGUGAUGUGAUGUGUAACGUUACAUUUUUAAUGUAUACACCAGUAUGGACUGUGAAAAGAUAUAGCUGCAAUAGAAGAAGGUUUGUAACAAUACUUCAUCCACAGUGUUUGGUACAGAAAAUUCUUUUCAAAAUGAUACUGUGAAUGGUCAUUAUGAUAGACGACAUCAUCUUUGACACAUUUGAUAUCUAGUAUCAUGUCUCAUGCUCAAAUAUGCAAUAUACCUGAUGACUUUGACUUCAUCUUUGACUUAUCACUAUUGGCUA